CUGUCAUGCAAUCGAUAUAUCAAAGUUUGGGGUGGGGAGAGAAAAAAUAUUGACAAACUUUUGUUUUUCUUCAAUUUUCCCUCAAAUUUUCUCGAUUUUCUCCGCAAAAAUCCAUGAAAAGUCCAAAGAAAUGUGGAUAAAAGUGAUUUCAGUAGUUGUUCUUGGGUUUCUAGCACUGGAAAGUCAGGCUCAGUCCUACGAGGACAAGAGAUGCAAGUGUAUCUGCCCAAGUGUCUCCUCUGUACUUAAUAACACAGAUGAGACGAAUCGUAUGCUGAUUAUCGACAAUGUUCCACCGACAAAAUGCAACUGCGAUGGGGUGAUCCUUCCGCGUGUAGGUGACAAGAUCAAGGGCAAGGAACAGGAAUUCUGUCCAAGGUGUGAGUGCAAAAAUGAGAUUCGCAAUACCACAAUCAUCAAAGUUGUGGUGAUCAUUGUGAUCUGGAUUAUUUCUCUGUUGGCCUGCUACAUGGCCUUCCUCUCGUGCUUGGAUCCUCUCCUGAACAAGCGUGUGAAGGCAAACUAUCAGGAGCACACCAACGAAGAUGAGGAGUCUAGCACACCAUCAUCUUCGUCGCAUCCGAUGGGUGUCCGGAGUACAGACUUGCUGAAUCGGGUGGGUCAUCAGCAGGACAAGUGGAAGCGCCAAGUGAGGGAGCAGAGGAAGAAUAUCUACGAUCGACACACCAUGCUCAAUUAGAGCCGAAAGCUUAAUUCCCAAUUAUUUUCACAAAAUUGUCCUCCACGUAUUAUCAGUUGGCAAAGUUUCUCUCUGUGAACAUUAUUUUCAGGUGAUAAUUGAAUAAAUAAUUAAAUACCCAAAAA